AUGAGCGAUUCUGGAGCCGCUGGAAGCGAUGGUGGCAAGGAAGCCAAUGCGCGAGAGGACAGCAACGAAGCCAGCGCUCCGGGACAAAAGGUGACCGCAGUGAAAGACAAGAAAUGCCGCUACUGUGACCAGCUGUUCACGUCCUCUUCACUGGGUCGCCACCUCGAUCAGUACCUAUUUAAGAAAAAACCGGACGGGAUCCACGAUGUCGACGAGAUCCGCCGGGUUCGAAGCGGGAUCACGAGACGAACGGCGCGCAAUUCGAAUAAGCAGGCAAGCCCGGAUAUCGCUGGCAAGAAACCCACACCGGACCCGCAUACCAUUCCUCCGUUGCAGCUGAAUCCAAGAGGCGCGGGAAAGGGCUUUCGCGUGUUUUUAAAUCAGCCGAGUUGGCAGGCUACGGGCGUGAUAAACGACAUUCCCAACUCUACCCCCGUGUCGCAACUCAAGAUACCUGCGACGCCUCUUGAACGUUUGAAUCAACUGACGGAUUCAAACCCGGAGACCGCAAGGGCCUUGGAAUUGGCGCUCCGUGAAGUGCUGGACAGUAUCAAGGCUGCUACAACCCGCAAAAGCUCACGGCUAUCUCCCUUCGACUUUGACCUUCAGUCGCAAACGUUCCCGGCGUUAUGCCUUCAAGCCCUGCCACCUCCUCCGAGCCUCUUCUCCACCCAUCCCUUUGCCUCUCCAAGCUCCUUUCCCAUUGAACCACCGACGCCAAACCAAAGAGAUAUUGUCCAGCAGGCUCUCCGGGCGCAAGUAGAGCAAUGGAAAUCCGAUCAGCUUGGCUCUGCAAUGUCAACUGCUCAACACACGUCUCAAUUGCCGUCAGCAUAUAGUGCAGCCUCUCCCAGUAGCGACGCAGAGAUGAUCGAAAGAACUUCUCAACAGCAUGAAGAAAUCAUGAUGCGCCAUCUGGAUCUAUCAUUAAGGCACUGGAUGGCUCUCGCUCCACAUGAGCAACGAAAUCUGUGGCAGCUAGAAAUCACGCGCGCAUUUGUAAGGGAGACAGAAAAGCGGAAAAAGUUGGAACAGCAGCUUGACAGGACACAGCAAGAGGCAAAUCAGUUACGCGCGCAGGUCGAGAAACUUACUUCCUGCCAGUGGCCGAGAGAAUUUGCAAUUUUCCCGCCCAACCUGCUUCCACUGACCCCUGAAGUGGCACGUGAAUUGGAUGAUAAAGAAAGCAAGCUGAAUCGCGCGGACGCUUCAAGAUGGGACUACGAUACAUUAGUUGCGAAGUGGAAGCGCGUCGUUAUGCACGAUAAGAGCAUGGGCCGCUCGGGCGUUGGAGCUUACAUGGAUCCCAUCACGGAAAGACAACACGCUGCGUCCGCAACUAGAAACCUUCUGCAGAAGAUCCCAAACUCCAACAAUAAUAACUCCAAUCGCUUGGGUAUGCCGUCACCAUCCCAGCCCAGCAACCCUGUUUCUCCGGAAUCAAUGAAUCUGGACCGCCAACCUGGCAAUCCCCCUACUCCUUACGAAACUCGAGACCCCAACGAUAACAGCGAACCGUUUAGACCGGCAAAACGACAACGUUUGGGGAACCAUCAGUCUCAACCUUCCUACAACGGCGAUGAGUUAUCAACCCAAACGCCGCCCAAUUCUUCAAAUCCGACGACGCGCACCUUAUCCAAUUCUUCUGCCCAAACGGUUCCGCCCCUAACCUAUUCAUACAAUGCUUCAAGCCCGCUCCCUCCACCUAACAGCGCCGGAAGAGAGUCUCAUUUUCCAAGCCAUGCGUACCGGCCACAGAACGUUCCGUCUAGCUCCCCACAUUUGAAUUCUGAGCAACGACUGCACCUAGAUCAUCGGUCGCCUGCCGAACGGGAAGUGUCGAACGCAAUGGUUAGCAUGCACCAUGAGUCUGUUCCACAACAUCCACCGCUUCCUCCGCCUCCACCUCCCCAGAAGCACCACCCAUACCCCGACGGUAAUAACAGGGGCAUGCCGAUGAAUAUAAACACGUAUUCUCGACCUCCGGGCGGUGUGUCUUGA